AAAAUUUUAAAACUAAAAAAUUAAAUUAUACAUGAUACUUUACCAAACCAUGUAACUGCCACGUCAUCGAUUAACCCUGGGGAAGCUGGGCUCCACAUGAGAUGGCCACACCUAACUCACUGCAAAGAAAAGCAGACAUUAUCUUCUUCCUCCUCUGUCGGGUCACCCGCUCUGCUCACACUCCGUUUUCAACAGAUGAGAAUGGUGGCCAGUACUAAUCCCUUCUUAAUUUAUCUCUUUAUCCUCUCUCUUUAAUGGCGUCAUUUUCUUCCUAACUCUCUCUCUCUAUUUAUCUUCUCAAUCUUCGUCUUUAAUUAAGAAACAAAAUAUCGCCUCUCACCGUCGCCGGUGCCGCCAUGCCGGGACUCGUCUCAGUGAAAACCCCGCCGGACGCACCUCCGCUGCGUAUCUCCGUCCCGGAGGCCACACCAAACCACCAGAUCCAAGGAUCCGACCUGAGAUCGGCCAAAACGGUGUCGCCGAUCCAGCGGAGGCCGCCCUCGCCGUCGCCGUCGACUUCGCGGACCAAGCCGUCUCCGGAUCGGAUCUCUGGGAAGAAGAAACCACCGCCGGAGAACGCAAAACUCGAUGAAUCGGCCCUCGACAACCCGGAUCUCGGGCCGUUCCUGCUGAAGCUCGCCCGGGACACGAUCGCGUCCGGGGAGGGCCCGGUCAAGGCCUUGGACUACGCGAUCCGAGCUUCGAAGUCGUUCGAGGUGUGCGCGGACGACGGCGAGCCGAGCCUGGAUCUGGCCAUGAGCCUGCAUGUGCUUGCGGCCAUUUACUGCAGUUUGGGGAGGUUCGAGGAGGCGAUCCCGGCGCUGGAGCGGGCGAUCAAGGUUCCGGAGGUCGCGAGAGGUGCAGAUCACGCGCUUGCUGCGUUCUCCGGGUACAUGCAGCUCGGGGACACGCACUCGAUGCUCGGGCAGCUGGAUCGGUCAAUUGAUUGUUACAAGGAAGGUUUGAAGAUCCAGAUGGAGGCCUUGGGAGAGACUGAUCCAAGAGUCGCUGAAACUUGCAGGUACUUGGCAGAGGCUCUUGUUCAGGCAAUGCAAUUUGAUGAAGCAGAAAAUCUGUGCAAGAAAACUCUUGAAAUCCACCGUGUGCACAGUGCUCCGGCAUCUCUUGAAGAGGCAGCUGACCGCCGGCUGAUGGCCCUCAUAUGUGAGGCAAAGGGAGACUAUGAAUCUGCCCUGGAGCAUCUUGUUCUUGCCAGCAUGGCAAUGAUUGCCAAUGGACAGGAUACUGAGGUUGCUGCUAUUGAUGUCAGCAUUGGCAACAUAUAUCUAGCUUUAUGUCGAUUUGAUGAGGCCGUCUUCUCCUACCAAAAGGCACUUACUGUCUUCAAAUCAUCAAAAGGUGACAACCACCCUUUGGUUGCCUCUGUCUUUGUACGCCUAGCUGACCUAUACUACAAGACAGGGAAGCUCCGGGAGUCCAAAUCAUAUUGUGAAAAUGCUCUGAGGAUUUAUGCAAAACCUGUCCCUGGAACUACUCCAGAAGAAAUUGCAGGUGGAUUGACUGAAAUUUCAGCCAUUUAUGAGUCUGUUAAUGAGCCUGAGGAGGCGUUGAAGCUUCUGCAGAAGGCAAUGAAGUUGUUGGAGGAUAAACCAGGACAACAAAGUACCAUUUCUGGAAUAGAAGCACGGAUGGGAGUAAUGUUAUACAUUAUUGGGAGGUAUGGAGAAGCAAGGGACUGUUUCGAGAAUGCUGUAACAAAACUUAGAGCCAGUGGGGAGAGGAGGUCGGCCUUCUUUGGUGUUGUGCUGAACCAGAUGGGGUUGGCUUGUGUGCAGUUGUUCAGGAUAGACGAGGCUGCAGAAUUGUUUGAAGAAGCAAGGGGAAUACUAGAACAGGAAUGUGGCUCAUGCCAUCAAGAUACCCUUGGAAUAUAUAGCAAUCUUGCUGCCACUUAUGAUGCUAUGGGGAGGGUAGAAGAUGCCAUUGAGAUCCUGGAGUUUGUUCUUAAACUGAGAGAAGAAAAGCUUGGAACAGCAAAUCCCGAUUUUGAUGACGAGAAGAAAAGGCUGGCAGAGCUUCUUAAAGAAGCGGGCAGGGCACGAAACAGAAAGGCAAAAUCAUUAGAGAAUCUCAUCGAUCACAGCUCCAAGAGGAACAAGAAAGAGGUAACGAGGAGGUGGUCUGGUCUGGGCUUUAGAACUUAAUAAGAGGAUUUUUCUCUCAUUUCUUUUGCACAUUCUGUAACAUAGGUCAUGUAUAGAGUGGUCAAAUUGUAAUUUGGUGGGCUUUCUGUUUUUGAGCUUUGGAAUCUCAGUUUCUUUUCCUUGUUUAUUGUUUUAUCGCGAAUAUGUGCUGUGAGCUUGGAGCUGUUCACUGGGAAAAUUUGAUUGAAUCAAUUUAUUCAUGUAUUUGCUUC